UGCGGUACCAAGCUUGUGAAAAAAAAAUGUAUCCCGGCCAAAGAAACAAACGGCCAUAUGCAGAACAUACAAACUCUGACAAGAAUGUCAGAAGACGUGAUAUGUAUGGGCAAAUAUCGCCUGAUAAAGGCAAUGUUACUACAACGCUGCACCAAAGAACUUGAGCUGCAAAAAUGGAAUAGCUCCAUAAGAUCGACAGUUGAUCCAGAUGAAAGAGUAAGGUAUCAAUGUCACCCUAUGAUUCGAAAAGAUAGUGCUCUUAUCAUAAGAGAGGCUUCUUCUAUUGACGACGAAGUUGGCAGCAACCAUGAUGUUAAUACUUCCUCAAGUUCUUUUGAUAAAGGAAAAAAUGCCACCCAUGCGUUUUCUGUAUUUGAAAGAGGAUGAACAUCGCGUACAUCUAAGGGACAACAUAAUGUCUUCGCUACUGCCACAAGCAAAGGUUAGUAUU